AUGGAGGUAACGCAGUGCCAUCGCCCGCUUGCAUCCUUCACCCCAUCCACAACUCCUACCUGCCAGAGCAGCGUCACCGACGGAGCAGGAGCCUCAGCCCUGACCUCGUGCAGACAGUCCCGCAAGACUCCCACACACCCUGGUCCGCUCAAGGGAUCUCGAAGGGUCAAGGAGCACUGCUCAAUGCUGCCUCCCAGCGCAGUUGAGAGUCCCUUGGAGCCCUCCAGCCUCUCCAGGCCGUUCACCGCUGCCUCAGCAGCAGCUGUGAAAGGUUCAGGGAGCUGCUACAGCGGGAGGAAGAGAGGAGCUACCAUUGGCGAUGUCCUGCAUGACGGAGCCCUCCACGACGUCAUGCACAACGAGGACGUCCAGGUGGCUGGAGCGCAUUGGGGGAUCAUGGAGCUGCGAGCAGAGGGGAGAGAUGAGGAGCACCUGAAAGACACGGCGAACAUGCCAGGCCGAACGACCUCGGAGGCGGAUGCAUGGACGUGUGCUAUCAGCACGAUCCCCGCCUGA